UAGCUAUGAUUAAAGUUACAGGUAUUCCACCUGGUACAUCAGAGGAUUCUUUGCUGUUUUUCUUUGAGAAUCGCAGGAAAAGUGGGGGUGAUUCAAUAACUGACAUUGAGUAUGACCUAGAUACACAGUCAGCUGUUAUCACUUUUGAAGAUCCUAAAGCUGUAAAGAGGGUUUUGGCAAAAAUUCCCAUAUUAUUUUCUGGAGUUCAAAUUGGAGUAGAAGAAUUUCAAUCAAAUUUAGAAGUUGACAGUGCUGAUAAGGAAGAAGUAAUGGAAUCUGAGAAUAUUUUAGAAGUUCGGGGUGUAUCAUCAAGAACAACCAUGGACACAGUGGAAAUGUACUUUGAGAACACUCGUCGCUCUGGAGGAGGAGAUAUAAAAAGCAUUGAUGCAAAGGACGGCGUGUUUUACAUAGUGUUUGAGGAUGGAAGUGUCAUUGAGAAUGUACUGCGUAAGAGACAACAGAUUGAAGGAAGAGAAGUUCAGGUGUGCCGACAUGUUCCACCCCCUCCUUCAAAGCCAGUGCCAAUGUACCCAAACAAAGUCUUCAUUAAAAACAUCAGUGAGGACACUGAUAAGUAUAAACUGGAAAGCUUUCUAACAGAAGAAUUCAGUUUAACACUUACAAGAAUAGAGUAUGGGGAGUUGAUGAGAACGGCCAUAGUGACAUUUGAUGAAGAUUUAGAUUUUGAGAAAUUACAGAUGGCUUGUAAAAAAAGGAGUUUAGAAAAGUCCUAUCUGGAAGUAUCUCGAGUUCCCAUCACAAACUGUGUCAUUCUUCGGAACGUCUCGAAGAAGACAUCUCGAGACACCCUAGAGUUUUACUUUGAUAAUGAAAGAAUUAGUGGAGUCACAGCUGGGGUUUUGGAUAUCAAACUAUUUGAUGAAUUUUGUCUGGUCUACUUUGAGGAACCAGAAGUUGCGGAUGUUGUAAGUAAAAGACAACACAGAGUUGAUCGUCAGGAUCUUGAUGUUAAGAUUUAUUAUGAAUGCCUUGGACAAGUAGAAAAUGACUGGGAGGUGCCAUUCCGACUUCCUGGACCACUGGAAUUUACAGAUCUGGAUGUUAAUAAGUUAAAGUUCCUUAUCAAAUCUCCUCCAGAUCAGCAGGUCAUGGAAAAGCAGCUGGAGGCUGUGUAUGGAAAACCUGUCUGGCCAAAACAGUCUAAAGCUGUUUCUCUGACUGUAGAAUGCACCUUGACUGCUGAAACCAAAGAUUGCAGAAAACUGGUCAGAACUUGGGGAACCAAAGUGAAGGAGGAUUUGAAUAAAUUUUUGGAUCUUCUGAACUAUGGAACAUAUUUAAAGUCAUUUCAACACUUUGUUGAAUGUCCUACUUGUGGUAGCUACUCUGAAUUCUACUGCAAUAAUUGCCACCAGCGGAUGUGCGAAAAAUGCAAAGCCAAACAUUUAUUAGAUCCUGACAAUCAAAACCAUGAAAUUACUCUAUAUUCCGACCGAAAAAUGAUGUUUUGGAAAGAAAAUUGCAAGCUUCAUCCAACAAAACUCAUAGACCUUUGCUGCAAUGACUGCCAGAAGGUGGUAUGUUCUCUUUGUACUACCACGGAAAUUCACAAAGGACACCAUUUUUUGGAUUUGGAGAAAGUUUUCACCAAACACAAAACUUUGCGUUUGAAAGAUAUUUGCAGAAUUCGCGACGACAUUCUCCCAAAAUCAAAGGAUCUUUUAGAGGAUACAAAAAGCACCAUUGUUGACAUGAAAAAGCAUUUGAAGAAUAUUCGAGAAUCCAUGCAAGAGCAGGCAAAAAAUCUUAAGAGUCUUGUUGAUGAAGUUUUGUCUAAAAAUUUGCAAGUGUUGGGGAAUUUUGAGGUAUCUGCAAUAGAUGGACUAUCUACUCAAGAAGAGACACUCAGUGCCUAUGUUUCUGACAUGCAUAGAAUCCUGGAAGAACUUCAGAUUUCAAUUUCAUCCUUUUUACCAUCCGAUAUAAUGAAAUAUAUGAAGGAAAACGGGGAUAUUUCAAUAAGUCCAAUUCCAGCUGGAGCAAUAUAUCCUUUGCCAGUUUUCACGAAAGGUUUACUUUGCAAGGAGGAGAUAUCUAAGGAAUUUGGUUUUCUCCAAAUAGAGGCGCAUGGAUCGAGCCCAUGAUUAUAGAAAACCAUCUAUCUAGUUUUUGUUGUGGACUUGAAUGAGAGUUAAACUUUGUAUAGAUCAAGAG